AUGGAGCAAUACAAAGUGUCCGGGUCCAAGACGUUCACAGUUCGAUCGUGGAAUAAUAAGAGCAUCUUUACGGGGGAGCCUGCUAACACACAAGCUAUACACACGAAUUUGGAGGACUGGACUCAAGCCGCUGAGCGACGUAUUGUUACUCCAUUCUCUCGGAGCAACAUCAUCAAUCAGGACGGAGCUGCAUGGAGGCAUAGUCGGGACUUGAUCAAUCCACUGUUCAAGCGCGCAGAGUUGGACGAUGUCGAGAGGUUCAAGAAGUUCGUCGAUCGGAUGAUUACUUUGAUCCCUCGAGACGAGAGCACAGUUGACAUGCAUCCGUUGCUGAGGAAGCUGUUCCUUGACAGCUCGAGCGAGUUUUGUUUCGGCGAAAGCAUCGACAGUCUUCGAGACAGAACCGGUCAAGCAGAUGCUUUCAUCGCUGCAUUCAAUCGAGCGACUACUGGUGACGGGAAAAGAAUCCAUCCGACGAGGACAUUUCGGAAGUUGAUGUUCAAAUACACGAAAGAUGACGAGUGGAUGGCAGACGUCAAGAUAGUCCACGACUACAUCGACCGGUGCAUCGCUCGCCACCGUGACACCAACGCCGAUAUGACAGCCAAGCAACGAAAGGGCUAUUUCAUACUCAAAGGAAUGUCCAAAGACGUAUCCGACCCAGUAGAACUCCGAUUCCAACUUCUCGGUAUCUUCUCGACCGCAAGAGAGCUUACGGCUAUGGCGUUUGCCAAUACAUUGUUCUUACUUGCGCGACAGCCUGACUUGUGGCAGGAACUCCGAGCAGAAGCGCAAGGACUAGGCGGCAAAGCACCUACAAGCUUCGAAGAGCUGAAGAGCAUACCCUUGUUUCGAUACACGAUCAUGGAGGCGCUUCGUGUGCGUAGCCCCAUUGUCUUGACUCGUCGUCAGGCUGCCCGCGAUACUGUUCUCCCCAGAGGAGGCGGUCCAGAUGGUUCGUCUCCUGUCUUGAUCCCCAAAGGCUCGAUGGUCUGGUGCGACAAGUACGCCAACACCCGAGAAACGACGACUUGGGGACCCGACCUCGACACGUUUCGACCCUCGCGAUUCGAAGGGAAGAAGCUAGGCUGGGAGUUCACCCCAUUCUCCGGUGGUCCGAGGAUUUGUCCCGCCAACCAGCAGGUCAUCUCGCAGUGUGUGUACCUCCUUCUACGGUUGGUGCAGGAGUUUGAGUCGAUUGAGAAUCGCGAUCCGGUCUUUGGGUUCAAGGAGACUUUGAUGAUGUGUAUUGAAAGUAGGAACGGAUGUGAGAUAGCCUUGCAUCCCAACAACGGAGUUUAA